UCAUUGAUUCUAAUUGGGUUUUACAAAAAAGGAUAAUUAACUUCUCUUACAUGCCUCCACCUCACUCUGGUAUUGCAUUGUGUGAUAAAAUUAAUAGUUUAUUCAAUGUUUGGGGAAUUCAGAGAAAGGUUUUCACAAUUACAUUAGACAAUGCGGCUGCAAAUGAUGUGUUUGUUGGUCUUUUAAGGGAUCAACUUGGUUUAAAUUGUUCAUUAGUGAGUGGUGGCGAGUUUUUGCAUGUUCGUUGUUGUGCACACAUUCUCAAUUUAAUUGUGCAAGAAGGUUUGAAAAGAAUUGAUAGUUCUGUUGAUAAAAUUCGUGAAUGUGUAAAGUAUGUGAAAGGCAGUCAAGUGAGAAAGCAAAAGUUUAUAGAAUCGGUUACCCAAACUUCACUUGAUUCUAAGAAAUCACUAAGGCAAGAUGUUCCUACUAGAUGGAAUUCUACAUAUUUGAUGCUUUCUAGUGCCAUGUAUUAUCGGCGUGCUUUUAAUCAUUUGAGAUUGGUGAUACUAAUUUCACACAUUGUCCAUCAGUUGAUGAGUGGGGACAAGUUGAAAAAAUAUUCAAAUUCCUUGAGGUUUUCUAUGAGACAACAACUUUGUUUUCUGGAGUGAAAUAUCCUACUGCCAACCUUUACUUUCCUCGCAUCUUUACGGUUCAGUUGACAAUAAGUCAAGCCUUGCAAAGCUCUGAUGAUUUCAUGAGAUCAAUGGCCAAUCGGAUGUUUCAUAAAUUUGAUAAGUACUGGAAGGAUUAUAACAUUUUGUUUGCCAUUGCCGUGAUAGUUGAUCCGAGGUUCAAGAUGCAAUUUGUUGAGUUUUGUUACAACAAGUUAUAUGGACAUGGUAGUAAUGAAUUAAGUCUUGUAAGAUCCAAAUUGGUUUCUUUGUUUGAGGAAUAUAUGCACAUGGGAAUUGCUUCCAAGGUAAGUACUAGCAGUGCAUCUUCGAGCUCUCAUAGUGCCAUUGAUGAUAAUGCUUCUCUUGCUCUAAAUUUAGGCAGCGGAUGCAUGGAUGUUUUGAAGGAAUUUGACACUUUUCAAAGUUUAGAAUUCAUUGGCAGAGCUCAAAAGAGUCAAUUAGAGCUAUAUUUGGAAGAACCAACAAUUGAUAGAAUAACAAAAUUGGAUGUUCUCGGGUUUUGGAAAGCUCACCAAUUUAGGUAUCCUGACCUUGCACAAAUGGCUAGAGAUAUCUUGAGUGUUCCAAUUUCUACAGUUGCUUCUGAAUCGGCUUUUAGCACCGGUGGUAGGAUACUUGACCAAUAUCGCAGUGCAAUGAAGCCUGAUGUUGUUGAGGCAUUAGUUUGUUGUAGAGAUUGGUUAGCUGGAGGAAAAGGUAAGUAG